CAUAAUACGACGAAACAGAGGGAGUAGUUCGAAGGUGUAGUAGUCGCGUGUCGCGAAAUGUCCCGUCUCGUUGUCUCCUCUGCUCCUUGCGCCGCCGCCAAGGCGAGUCGCGGCUGAGCCGGGAGGGGGCGGCGAUCUCCAUUUGGCGAGCAGAGCAGGGGAGGGGAUUCUGGUCUGAACUGAUCAUCAUGGUGAAAGAACAUGCAGAGAAAGGAGAUGGCGUUCAAGAAUGCCAAUCGUCUCCUGCGCUUUCAGAAGAUAACUUGAGGCACAGUUUCCGAUUGGGAGAUAUUACAUGGGUUAAGCACACUGGCUCGUGGUGGCCAGCACAGGUCGUUGAAAAUUCAUGUAUCAGCAGCAAGCCUAAGAAGACGGCCAAGCAUCAUGUUCCAGUUCGUUUGUAUGGCACUUGUGUACACAUGUACGUAGACCCUUGGAAGUCUAACAUGGAAUUCAAAAUGAUGCUGAAGCGAGAGAAUAAAAGUGCAAUGGAAGCAUUCCAUGAGGCCGUUAAGAAGGAGCUGUCCCACGUUAAUUCACCUUGCGAUUCUACUGAAGAAGCUGGCAACUUGAAAGCCAAGACCUCUUCCAAGAAAGUCAGAAAGCAAAAGGGCUUAAAGGAAUCACCAGCCUCUGAGCAUAUGGGAGAGGAUACAAAAGACCAGCAUAGUGCAGAGCAGCACCAAGAACUUGGAUAUACUGCAACAACUGGAGUUGCCACUCGUAAAGGAAGAAGAACGCGAGAAGGUGCAAGACAACUCAGUCCUACUGAUGGUGAAGAUCAAGCCAGUGGUAAAAAAGCUUCUAUUGAGGGUUCAAGUUAUAAGACAGAAAAACAAGUUGGUUCUGUAUAUGAUGAAGAGGCUUGUAAGAUGACAACGACAGAGAGAUCAGUGGGUAGAAGGGAAGGACUGAGACGAUCUGCUUGUACACCCAUGAAGGCAUAUUUAGAUCCAUCGGAGGAUAGAACAUCACUUUUCAGUGAUACAAGUGCAAGUGAAGGUGCAAAUGAAGUAAAUAGAACACCAGAGAAUUCAAAUCAGCAUGAAGAUGAUUCAACCAUAGAUGGAACUUUGGCUUCUCAUGCAGAAAUAAGGGUUAUGGUUAGGGAUAUACUGUUCAGUGACAUUAUUGCCAAGCAGCAUGCUGCUGAGAUGGCAUAUGUAGAUGAAGUGAUCAAUGGCAUUUGCUGCGCUAGUGAAUUGAACAUAACUGGUGAUCCUACUCCUGUUGCAAAGGGUGGACGAGGCAUCAAACGAGGUGGUAGUAGGGCAGAGGCGGAGUCAAGUAACAUUACACAGAGAUCUAGAAAAGGGAGAAUAGAUCAAGCAAGUAGCAAUGGAAAGAAAAGAGCUAAGGACACCUCAGAAACCAUGAAUCAUGACAACAGUCCCAACUCUUUGAGAGGGCCUUUCGAUAGUACUAGCAGGGAUGCAGCCAUGGAGGAACUGGGGCAAGUUAGCGCGCGUCAAAUCAGGAUCAUGCAGAGUCUUGCUUUGAUUGCUCCGUCAGGAUCCCCGUUUGGCAAAAAUGGACUGGUUGCAUCAACCAGUUUAUAAUUCUGAGUUAAUUCGAAUAUCCUUGAAAGGUAUUCGACAGAUAUUCGAAAGCUAUCAUAACUCAUGAACUCAGCUUCGGUUACACCUAACCAGUUGCUCGCUUAGGUCUUUUGGAGAAACCCACAACGCUACAUGGUCUUCUAGAAUGCAAUGCGAUUGCCUUUAUGUGUAGUAGAAUCGACUGAAUUUAAUUGCAAUGUGAGCACAACAUUGUAUCUGUAAGGCCACAAAAUGGUCCCAGUAUACUGCCAACUGAAUUCAUACAUGAGUACACUAUUAUUAUGUUAGUACUAGUACCAAGUUAAGGCUCAAUUAUUCUCUUUAUCUUAAGA